AUGGCACAACCAACAAGUCCGUCAAAGUCCCUGCCAGAAGGAGCACCCAAUGGCAAUCCAACUACAAGCUCCCACCAUGUGAGGUCUAACUCGGAUGUGCCUAUAGAUCCCUCGAUUUCCCAAGCCAGCCCAACCUAUCCUCCCUACUCGCCUUAUCCGCAAGGACAGGACAUGCAACAUGCGUACCAGCCUCAGCACCCGCCUUAUAUGCCGCAGCGACCACCGCACGAGCAGUGGGGCGGUUAUCCACAACAGCAUGGCAUGCCUGCGCCGUAUCCUCAUCCUGGCCCAGGUGUCCAAGGCCCGCCUCAAACUUCCGCUGCAUCGCGUUCUGGUCAGGUGUACUCGUUUGUCCCUAUCCCGGGUGCGCAGCAGCAUAAACGACCGCGCCGUAGGUAUGAGGAGAUUGAGCGCAUGUACAAGUGUGGAUGGAAUGGGUGCGAAAAAGCGUAUGGAACACUGAACCAUCUGAAUGCACACGUCACGAUGCAGUCGCAUGGAACCAAGAGGACUCCAGAAGAGUUUAAGGAGAUCCGCAAGGAGUGGAAAGCCCGCAAGAAGGAAGAAGAAAACGCGCGCAAGGCGGAAGAAGAGCGCCAGAGGGUUGCUGCGCAAGCCAAUCAGGUGGACGGUCCACCAGGCGAUGCACAUCCUGUUCCGGGACAAGGCUAUCAGCAAAACGGAACUCGACCGUCACUCCCACCCAUCGGCUAUCAAUCCGCAGAUGGGCAUGCUCAAGGACAAUACGGACAGCCGCAAGGAGCUAUGGUCUAUCCACAAGGCAGCACCCAGAUGAACAGCUAUCCCAACUACCCGAAUUCGCCUUAUGCGCAGCAAGGCCAGGUUUACCAACAACGUCAAUAUUAG